GACCAAUCAAAUUGCUUAACUGACCCACCGGUCGCCAAUGUUUGUAGACGAUUUAUUAUCAAAUCAACAUUUUGUUGUUUUAUUUUGUAAAUGUUAUAAUAAUUAUGUGCAGUGAAUGUUAAUUGAAGUGAAUCAUUUUUUUAUUUAAAGUUAAUAUCAAUUUAAAAUUGCAUUGACUUGUUUUUGUUUUCAUUGGUGUUGAACAAAGACAUUAAAAAUAUAUACUAGUGUCGUGCAGGGAAGAACCGCGAUAGUGCCGAUAGUGAUUUGGGCGGGAAGCUUGGAUUAUUUUGUUGUGACGAGAUUAUUAAAUGUUUUACAAGAAAGAGACUAAUGAAGAUGCAGAUUCGUUAAUAACCAAGGAAGCGAUUUUUAUAUCUAUGCUGUUAAAUUCGUUUGGGCUUGGCAUCGAGAAUCCCGGUAAAAUGCCAAGUAUAGUAAUGCUCAAAUGUAUAAGUUCGGUCGCGCAGCAAAAUCCCUAUCCCCUCCAAGCCUGCCGUAAGGAACUUCGUUCCAAAAAGUGUCAUGGCAGCAUAUGUCUAACUAUUAUAGAUAGCAACCCACACCAAGGAUCCAGUGCAAUUAAAGAACGAUAAGAACCGAAGAACUAAUAUUAAUAAUAAAUUAAUUAAUAAUUGUAUAUACGUGUCUUUGAACUCAUCCAACAUAGAUAGAGAAAAAAAAUUUAAGACAACGAUUCAACAUGACCUUAACCGAUGAAGAAAUUAUCCGAAAAUGCAUGUUUUUCAUAGCACUGCGAACAAACAAAAGCGAAGAAGAGAAAAUAAAUGACAUCAACAACUACUUGGAAAGCGGAGGGAACAUCAACCAUGUGGACGGCUAUGACGAAGAUAAUUCUCCUCUUCACAUAGCUGUCAAGAGGUCAGAAAAAGAUGUCGUACGUCAUUUAGUGCAAACAAGAGCGUUUGUGACACAGAAGAACAAGGCCGACAAGACACCAAUGGAUCUAGCUUUAGGAAUAAACACUGAAGCCGGUCGCGAAAUCGUGGAUAUACUAAAAAAUUGCAAUGUCGGUCCUCCCCAAAUUAAAAACGCAGUCGAGAAAGUCAAGUUGCCGCCAAAAAAGGCGAACGCCGGUAAAACAUCCAAAGAGAUCCUAUUCCCGAAAAGGGUCGGGACAUCGGCCGUCGGCGGACAACUUUACGAGACGAAACUGCUAAGUUUAAUUUUAAUGAGAGCAGCGAACGACAAAGACAUCGCUAAGUUUUGUUUGGCCACAAAUGUGCGACACAUAGGGGCUUUGGACGACAUAUUUUUUAUGUACAAAGUGAAAAACGACAAUAAAGUCGUUGUAUUGGCUCUCCAGGCGAAGCACAGAGAAGAUAUCGACAAGGGAAGGCUAUCAGUCAACGAUUUAUUUCGCGAUAACAGCGACUUUAGUUUGCCGCAAUACUUCGACAGCUAUUUACGAAUCAAAGAUAAACUGCAGGCGACAAUCAGUAAAACGUUGAUAGCCGAUGAAAAUGUUGAUACGGAACUUAAUUUGGUGCUAUAUACUCCCGUUAAAGACAUUUUCGAUAUGAAAUCAGAUAAGCACAACGUUCAAUGUCACAAAAUUCAUAAUCUCAUACGCAGUGGAAAAAACAGUACAAAUUUUCAAUUUAAGUACAAUGAUGAACAUAUAAGUUUUUUAACUCGUUCAAUACAAGAGGAACGUGUUAAGUUAUUAGGUAAAACGUUUCUGAAUUUCAUAAUGUCACCCAAAAAAAUUGAUAUGAUCAUGACCGACCAGCUAAUAAGGAAAUAUCACGUGAUUCUAUCAAGAAAAGUUAUUCAAAUAAUUGCUACACAAUCUGAAGAUUAUAUUACAUGUAAAUUCAGUCAAGAGUUUUUUGCUACUAAUGAGGAUAUAUUUGUUUUAUUGAGAGACACAAUUUUUAAUGAAACAGUUCAGAACUAUUGCAAAGAUACGAAUCUUCGUAAAGAAGAAAUUAUCACUUUAUGUAAGAAGUUAAUGAAAGAGCCCUCUAGUUUAAGUAUCAGUGAAAUUAUCGGCAAAAUAGUGACGUACGAAGAUAAACUCGGUAAACUUAAAUUGAUCGAAUCAAAUUUAACAUCCAAAGAAUUCAGCGGUGAAGAGAAAAAAAGACUGAACCAGGACAUUUUUAAUGUUGAAGUUACUUCGUCUAUUGUACAGGAAGCUAUAAAUAUAGCAGCCAAAGCACGGUUACAGCCACUAGUGUUCAAACUACCGUCAUAUUUCGGAACAUUUGACUUAUUGAAGAAAAAUGAUAACAAAAUAAAAAAGCAACUGAAUUUCAUGGCGUCGAAAUUUAAAACCCUUUUCGAAUGUGAAAAUAAUGUUAUUGAGAUAACUGAAAAUGAAAUAAAAUCUAAUACAGAAUCGAACGAAAGUAAAUUAGAUUAUCGCUUUUUCGAAAUAAGCGAUGGUAUAGGUGGAGCGGUCGGCAACCUGAUUGUAUGCGAUAACGAUACGAAAAUGUUAAAAUUUAAUACUUCGGAAGUUUUACCGGAAAGGGCUAAUAAACUAUUGCUCGUACUAAAAUCAGUUCUGCCCGAAGGUAAAAACAUAGAGGACUACAGGCUAAAAAUAUGCCUAAAGAAUUUCCCUAGACUUUCGUUUCUCGAAGAUGAAUAUGAUAAAAUGGAGGCCAAACAGUUCCUAGAUCGACUUUGGUUUUACACGAACCAAGCGAAAGAGGACGAGGUUGAGAAGAUUGUGAAAAAAGAAGUUGAUAAAUUCUACAACGCUGAGAGAGGCGAAGAUCAUUUUCUAUUCAGGAUUCAUUCGGAUGCUGUGUAUCUUCGAUUUCAUGACGAGAUACAAAAAUGGUGGAUGCUUCCCUCCGAAGCUGCGUAUUUAACUAAAGACAGCGAGAUAUUCGAAAAAUCCAAAAGGGAUAUUGUCGACAGUCCUUUAUUGACAGUCCUGAAUAUAAUGUAUGUGAAUAAAGUGAAGAAGUUUGGUAUAGAAUUUUCUAUGGAUGCAGUAAAAGCGCUCAAUCUAGACGAAUACAAGACUGGUCUUGUGAACGUCAUCACGGACUCAAACAUACUCACGGGAAUCAAAAUAAAACAAUUUUUCAGAAGCGCUAAUGAUUACAUAUUCGUGGACUUCGACUACGUUCUUAGUUUGCCUCCGAACGAUUAUAACAGCAUGUUCUUGGAGCUGCAGUAUUCCAACGUUAAAACUCUGAUAGUCGUUUACGAGCCACCUAAGAACACGAACGGGAUAGACGGGAGACUGAAGCUUAUUGUGGAAAAAUUUAACGGGCCAAGAAUUAUAAUUGUCACGAAUCAAGUUCUGGGGUCUGAACUCGAAAAGGAGUUCGAAUUAAAGUACAAUAAGGUCGCGGACGAGCUCAAUGGUUUUGAUCAGUUCGUACCGAAAUCUCAGAGGAAAUUCUUCGAAGAUUCAACGAUUGUUUUUCAAGGGGAAGAUGUGGAUCUCGCAACAGUUGUAGACGACGAUUCGAAAUACCUAUUAAAAGCUCCCACAUUAACCAAAUUGAUCAAUAAAGAGAAAAUAGAGAUAGGGAAAUCUAUAACGGACGCUAAAUACGAAGACAUCAAGAAAUAUUUCGUUAAAAGGUGUUUGAAAAAAGAUGACGUCAAAGUUGAAGUAAACACUUUCCAAGACAUUGAUGAUGAUGUCACAGUCAUUAUAGCGAAGCCUAAUAUGGGGAAAGCUACUCUUCUUACCCAUUUGUCAGUGGAACAUAAAAAGCUGUAUACUUCUAGUUGGAUAGUACGAGUUAACUUGUCGGACCAUUUGAACGAUUUCGAAGUCUGGCGAAGGGGUAACGUAAUAUUGGACAAAAAGAAGAUAGUUAAAUUUAUGUGUACUGUAGCUUUGAAGUCGGUAAACAACAAAACGGUGUUCGAAUUAGAAGAACGCGACUCGGAAAUCGUUUUAGUUUCUCAUGAUAAUCUCGACCCGUCGAUAUUACUGGAGCUAGAUUUGUUCCUGUAUUAUUACAAUAAACGUAGGAUAAUCUUUUUAUUUAAUGGAUUCAGUAACGCCUGCCCCCCUUAUGAGAAACAGACUAUGAGCAUUUUACGUAACAUACACAACGAUAAAAAUAGAUUGUGGAUUACGUGUUCUUUGUAUGUGCACGCGGUUAAUGUCUUAAAAAAUGUUUUCGGUACGCCUUAUAGUUUGGAGCCGAUAGAUCACGAAGGUCAGAAAGGUUUCUUUUACAAAUUUUUCAGUACAAAUCUGAAACUGGAAAAACUCAAUCACGAACAGUUCAUGAACGUUAGCGACUUCUUCGAAUAUUUCACCGGGAUCGAUAGUUUCGGUAACGACGAACGUAAAAUGAUGCCAUGGAUUAGCACACCCCUACAUUUGCUCUAUUUCGUGGCCAUGGACUUCUUUAAAAGCGAAUUAAACAGCAUCACAACUAAAAACGUAAGCGACAAAUUAAAAGAGAAGUUUAAUUUCGAUAUGGACAAACUAACGACGCUAGGGACGUACUUAGACAAGGCCCCGGACGCGGAAGAUGCCGUCGAGUUAGCCGGUACACCGCUGCACAUGUAUUUGGCGGCGAAUUACUUUGAAUGCAAAGUAAAAGAUGGGAACAAGAAAAUGAGAAUUGACUUCGACAGUAGGGAGGUUAAGAGUAAAUGGGACUUAAUCUUGAAUAGUUUGUCCUUAUAUAGACAAUUCCUUGAGGCCAACUUGCAGAACUUGUGCGGCGAUGGCAGCGUAUGCGAAACGAUUGAGGACCAAAAACGUACGGAAUUCUUUGUGAAACAUAAAAGGUUGGCUCUCUUGGCCGUAUGCAAAGAGGAACAUCUGAAGCAGUUACUUUCUGACGACGAAAUAAAAGAAGUAAAAGAAACCGUGACACGUCUGCAAACCGGCGAGGAGAAGUCGGAGCUGGUCGACUGUGUUCUGAACGAUGUUCCCAGGUUUUUCCACGCAGUGCUUGCCGAGUACUGCUUGUUGGAUUGUGUUAUUGAAAUUAUGAAGACCGCAGAUCCGAGAAAUGUAAUCAGAAACCGGCAACUAUGGGAUUUCGUUGUUAAUAUAUUUCUUCUUAACUGUCCAAAAUCGGUUAGAAAGGCUUUCGAUUAUAAAUUGAAGAACGAUUCAGAAUUGUCGACUUUAACCGCAUCGGAUCAGUGUAGGAAGAUUGUGUUCGAUCUACUAAUAAGAGAUAAUGAUAAAGAAAAUGAUUCGGGAGACGGUACGCAGUCUCCUCUCAAUUUGGCUGUGAAUGAAGGCCUAUCAAAUUUGGUGAACGUCCUCGUUAAAAGUAUCGAAGUUAAUUUGGACAAAGAGAAUGUUACUAGCAUAUCACGGUUCUUCGAUAAGACCUCUUUACUGUUGGCCUUGUUCGAUUCUGACUACAAGCACGUUGGCAGAGAACUAAUGCAGAUUAUUAGGGAUUUUGAUAAAGACCUAUUCACAAGCAUGAUCAAUUCCCACGAUCUAAUAAAUUUAUCCACUCAAUUCUUUUCUUGUAUCAACGAAGAAGCCGCCAAAGAUAUCCAAAAAGACCUAUUUAAAGCCCGAGAUGCGUUACUAGAUCAGCUAAAGCCGGAAACAGUUGACUUAAUAAGGGGCGUUUGCGAUAUGUUUAAAAAUGUCAGAAAAAACAGGUUGAAAGAAUGAAUUAAUGGAAUUCAGUGCAAUAUUUCAAUGUGAUUGAUUUGAUUGAAAUUUGAUUGAUUCUAAAAAAAAAAUUACUGGUGUUACGGCGUGCACUGAGCCCGCCAGGGUAGAUACCACGACCCUGCCUAUGUCUGGCGUGGAGCAGUAAUGCGUUUCGGCUUGAGGGAUAUAACUGAGACGUAUGCCCGUAUCUUUAGACGUUUCGUCAAAUAGUCCUCCACUCUUAACUCAUCCGAUGAUGCUCGAAUAUUCCUCCCAAACUUACUCGAGUUUGGUAUUUUUAGUCGACCAUUACAAAAUUCCUCAACUGUCCUCUAGUGAGGUAGAGUCGUGUUAUUGCGCCACCACGACAACAUCAGUUUGGGGAAAUUUUGAUCAAGCUAGCAUCAAACCCAUAGAGUUCUGUAGUCUAUGGUCAUUGUUUAAUGUCAAAGUCAAGCUGCCACUGUCUGUUUGACACUAGAUGAACUUGUUGAUGUUUUGGUUGCUGAGUUAUUCGUAAAUAUGUGUGCGUGCGGUAAAUCUGAAAGUGUAUUAUUUAUUUUCUAACCUAUUAUUAUUUUAGAUUUCGGAUCCGGCUUUGUAUUUUUAUUCGCCGCUUUUGUGUGAUUUUGGUUGCAUCGUGUUGUGGAAGUGCUUUUCCACAACCACCAGUUUAUUAUUAUAUAAAUAAAACUUAUAAUUGCAUUGACUUUAUUUAUCAGGUAGUAAGCAAAAUAUCUCUUAUGUAGGUUAAUAAAAUAAAGAGUUUCAAAUGUCUAUCCUCGAACUAGUUACUUUAUUAAUAAAUAUUAUCAAAAUUAAAUUAUCAAAAUAUGCGCGAAUCAUGCACAACAAUAUCAUAUAUUUCCAUUUGCGGUCCACAUACUAUUUGGACAUUGAUAGAAAACCAGCCUUGAGGAACGUUCAGGACAGUUUAUUCACUCCACUCCGGUGAGGAAAAUUUUCCAAGGACGUUUGAGUUAAAUUUAUUUUUACGACUAAGCAUACCAAAACGCGCGUUGGAGGUUGAGUCGAGUCGAGUUAAGCUUGUGUAAACGACUAAAGAUACGGGGGUCAGACUUUUGUCUCGAGGUGGGUGGCGGCAUUUACUUUAUUGAUGUCUAUGGGAUCCGGUAACCACAUAACGCCAGGUGGGCCGUGAGCUCAUCCACAUAUCUAAGUAAUAAUUUUUUUAAAAAAGGUCGUAUAUUUCUUAACACAUUUCAAUUGUACAAUCCAACAUUGACAUUUGUCAUCAACAGUUAUGGCUCGAUAUUAUUUUAAGCGAGCUCUAAUGUUUGUUGGUCUGAAUUUGAUCACCUACACGUGGUUUUAUUGUGAACUAGUCAUAUGCCCGUAUCUUUAGACGUUUUGUAAAAUAGUCCUCCACUCUUAACUCAUCCGAUGAUGCUCGAGAAUUCCCUCCAAACUUACUCGAGUUUGGUAUUUUUAGUCGACCAUUACAAUAUUCCUCAACUGUCCUCGAGUGAGGUAAUAAUGAUGAUAAUUUGAUCAAGCUAGCAUCAAACCCAUAGAGUUCUGUAGUCUAUGGUCAUUGUUUAAUGUCAAAGUCAAGCUGCCGCUGUCUGUUUGACACUAGAUGAACUUGUUUGAUGUUUUGGUUGCUGAGUUAUUCGUAAAUAUGUGUGCGUGCGGUAAAUCUGAAAGUGUAUUAUUUAUUUUCUAACCUAUUAUUAUUUUAGAUUUCGGAUCCGGCUUUGUAUUUUUAUUCGCCGCUUUUGUGUGAUUUUGGUUGCAUCGUGUUGUUGAAGUGCUUUUCCACAACCACCAGUUUAUUAUUAUAUAAAUAAAACUUAUAAUCGCAUUGACUUUAUUUAUCAGGUAGUAAGCAAAAUAUGAAUCUUAUGUAGGUAAAUAAAAUAAAGAGUUUCAAAUGUCUAACCUCGAACUAGUUACUUUAUUAAUAAAUAUUAUCAAACUUAAAUUAUCAAAAUACGCGGGAAUCAUGCACAGAUCCAGGCCAUUGCACAACAAUAUCAUAUAUUUCCAUUUGCGGUCCACAUACUAUUUGAACAUUGAUAGAAAACCAGCCUUGAGGAACGUUCAAGGUACGUCGCGACGUACCUUGACUUGACAGUUCGCUCACUUCACUCCGGUUAGGAAAUUUUUCCAAGGACGUUUGAGUGGAGUUUAUUUUUACGACUAAUCAUACCAAAACGCGCGUUGGAGGUUGAGUCGAGUCGAGUUAAGCUCGUGUAAACGAUUAAAGAUACGGGUGAUAGACGCUCUAAUUAUACUUUCAAUGAUUUUACAAUUUUAUUUUACAAUUUUAAUUUUACAAUUUUAACGGCCGUCUGGUGUAGUGGUAAGUGACAUGGUCACUACACAAGGGGGUCGCGGGUUCGAAUCCCGCCAAGGGAAGAUAUUUGUAUGAUAAAUAUAAAUGUCUUUCCAGGGUUAUGGGUGUAUAUUAAAUAUAUGUAUGUGUAUAAUAAAAAUAUUAUAUUUAUUUCCGUUAUGUGGUACUUGUAACACAAAUUCUUUACGAACUUAGCACGGGACCAGUUAACGUGGCGUGAUUGUUAGUAAAUAUUUAUAUUUUUUUAUUUUUUUAUUGAUUUUAAUGAAUAGUGUUCAACACAAAUAGUUCAAGCCAUUCUCUUAAAUCGAAGUACUUUUUGUUACAUACCCACAUAAGUAUACUAGUUUAUUAGAUAGGUAUAUGAAAUGCUUAUUUUAUUUUUUACUGUUCACUUUGUUUUUUUUUGUGUUUAUGCAAGGAGCUCGUGAGAAAUUUAAUGUUUUUGUAAAUAAAAAGUUUACCUUUUUUUUUCGAAA